AGUUCUGAAGAACUCUUCUCCUACCCGUUCCCUCCCCUCCCCCACAAGAAAGAGAAUUCAUCUGUCACUGAAUUCUGAGACCGCCGAACCAGUCCCCAAUAGAGAAAGAAAACCAUGUCUUCCCCAAGCAAACGCCGAGAGAUGGACCUGAUGAAGCUGAUGAUGAGCGAUUACAAGGUGGAGAUGAUCAACGAUGGCAUGCAAGAGUUUUAUGUAGAUUUUCAUGGACCGAGUGACAGCCCUUACCAUGGAGGUGUCUGGAGGAUUAGGGUGGAGUUACCAGAUGCUUAUCCUUAUAAAUCACCAUCAAUUGGUUUUGUUAAUAAGAUAUACCAUCCAAAUGUCGAUGAAAUGUCAGGCUCAGUUUGCUUGGAUGUAAUCAAUCAGACCUGGAGCCCCAUGUUUGAUCUGGUGAAUGUGUUUGAAGUGUUCCUUCCACAACUUCUGUUGUACCCCAACCCAUCAGACCCAUUGAAUGGAGAGGCUGCUGCUCUGAUGAUGCGUGAUCGAGCUACUUAUGAACUAAGAGUAAAAGAAUAUUGUGAGAAGUAUGCCAAACCUGAAGACAUUGGAGCCAAGGAGGAGGAAAAAUCCAGUGAUGAAGAACUGAGUGAAGAUGAGUAUGACUCCAGUGAUGAGGCAGUGGCUGGCCAUGCUGAUCCAUAGUGCAUAGGUGGAUGAAGACAUGCCCCAUUUAGUUGUCUGUAUCUGUACAUUGACAUUAUAGCUCCAGGUAAAUAAAGCCAAAGGCUCCUGGUUUUAUUUUUAUAUUUUUUGGGGGAAGAGGAGGAGAGGGGGGUUGGGGAGAUUCAGGUUUUUCUGUUUAUUAGUUUCAUUGUCACUGUAAAUAAACUUACUCAAGCUUCAUGUUAUAGCCCUUUCAUUGUCAGGACAGUGACUAGAAUGGGUUGUGAU